UCUAGAGGCACUGUAUUUAUCUAGCCGUAACUGUUAUUUGUCGGUUAUUGUGCAAAGUUAACUAUGUAAUUGUCUGUUUAAAAACAAUUCGACACUCUCAAAGUAUUACUAAAAUCUCAUAAAAACGUAUUACGAUCAAUUUAUUAUCGUGGCAUCAAAGACUUCUUCUAGUCAGUUAGCCAGCCCCUAGCAAGCUUUGGCUAACUACAUUCAUUGAUCACUAUGGCCAGUGCACCAAAUGCAAACCUAAACGCAGUCCGCGAGACAAUGGACGUCCUGCUGGAGAUCUCAAGGUUGCUAAACACUGGUUUGGAUAUGGAGUCUCUGUCCAUAUGUGUGAGACUGUGUGAGCAAGGCAUCAACCCUGAAGCUUUGUCUGCUGUAAUCAAAGAGCUUCGUAAAGCUUCCGAGUCCCUCAAGGUUACUGAGAAUUGCACAAACUGAAGAUGGAGUCAGAUCACCUCAGUUCAGGACCUGUAAUGGGAUCGUUCACAUUUCCUGUGUCUGUACCUGUCAUUCGGUUUCCAGCCCAGAUUUGUUUGGGCGCUCCACCUUCUGUGCCUCCUCUGUGACUACUGUGCUUCUGCUUUGUCUUCUUCUGCACUUUGAUUUGUGAUUGGGUUUCUGUAAAAGAGUACCAGCAUCUGUUUUUUUUUUUUUUUUUUUAUGCAACUCUUCUCCUGAAGUUUGGGCAUACACACCAACUCUGUGUCAAGUUUCAUGUUGAACUUUUUCUGAGUUUUACCUUCUGAAACAGUAGAUUCAACUUAUGUUGCACUUGUCAUGUGAAAAGAUUUUUAUGCUUCAUGUGUUAUUUGUCAUGCAUUGUUGAAUUUUAUAUUUAGGUCAUCUUUCUUUCAUUGUUUUUUUUUUUUUUUUUUACAAACAACCCAUUUGCCAUUUCACUUGUUCUUGUGACUGUCAAGAAUGGCAUAGUUUAAAAUAAAAAGUUACCAUGAGUGACCACAA